AUAAAUUAAUUUUCUAUUUUAAUAUGAUAGAAAUGAGUGUUGUAAGUAUUCUAUUACAAUAAUACGCGCUAACCCCUUUUAUCAUAAGUUUCUCCAUUUGGUCUUUAUACUGAAUAGUCUAUUUAAGAAGAUGGUUUCCUUCAAUUAGUUUCUCAUACCGAAAAUAUUGGAAGAUGUACAGAGGCGACGAGGAGGUGAAUUGGGGGGAUGGGGAGGACUGGCUGGAGGAUGAUCCACAGCCGAAACGAUUCGGGAAUAGGGUGGAACAGAAGGAGGAGGUGAAUUGGGGGUAUGGGGAGGAUCCACGACAGAAGCGAUUCGGGAAUAGGGUGGAACAGAAGGAGGAGGAGGUGAAUUGGGGGGAUGGGGAGGAAUGGCUGGAGGAGUAUCCACGACAGAAGAAAUUCGGGGAUAGGGUAGAACGGAAGGAGAAGGAGGUGAAUUGGGGGGGAUGGGGAGGAGUGGCUGGAGAAGGAUCCACAGGAUGGCAGAAGGACAAGGAGGAGAAGAAGAAGAUUUUUAAGAAGGUUAAAGGAGGAGGAGGGGGAGGAGGUGGAGGAGGGGGAGGAGGGGGAGGAGGUGGAGGAGGAGGAGGAGGAGGGGGAGGAGGAGGAGGAGGUGGAGGAGGGGAGGAGGAGGAGGAGGAGGAGGAAGAGGAGGAGACGUCAUUCAUGUCACUUAUAAUAUUAAAAAUAUAUAUCGUUGAUCAAGACAAACCUACUUUUUCCCUUCAUCUUUUUGCUUUGUGCUUCCAAGUGUGUAAUAGUUGUGUGACUCCAUUUUGUAAGUUGAAAAAAAAUAACAUUGGUUUUGAUUGGUGACCUUA